AUGAUGGCCUCGGCGCAAUUCUACAAUCUUCUGUUGGUGCCUAGUAAUGAUCAGAGCAGCCCGCUCGCGGUUUGCUUCGCCACGCUAUGCUCGACCCAAGAACAAGAGGCAAUCAACAGCACGAUCCGCAUUAAUGGCGCUACAACACCGCUCAACCGUCUUAGUAACGAGCACAUCAAGCGUCGCGUCUCUGCGCGGCUCUGUCUCCUUAACGAGUGUACAAAACGUCUCAUCUCGGGCUGGGCGCGCCGCAUCAGGCUUAGCGAGAAGAACGACCUGCUAGAGUCCUCGGUCGAUGCCCUAGUCAAAGCCAAGCUCAUCGCUCCAGGCCGCACUUUACUACACAUCUGGCAGACCCAUUACGAUGGCCACCACAAGCACCGUGCUGUCGAGUUCAACUAUGUGACUGACGCCGUCGUGCUGACCGAUCCCGACGGAGACGGAAAGGGCGCUGUCCGGAUCCAGCAAAUGAAGCAGGCGGCUGGAUCGGAGUCGCUGGCAGCCAGGACCGGCACUUCUGGUUUGAGAAGGAGCGCGCCUAUGAGGGCUGUGAUCGCCUGCUGUACCACUAUAAGUGGUGCGUACUGUUCACCCGCCGGGAGUAAAGAGCGAGCUGAUGACCGCCUGCUGUCCGGGGCGAUGCCGGCAUGUAAGAAAUGCGCGGGGUGUUGUCGGGCUUGGCCAUUUUACAAUGAUGGGGGCGAGCAGGAGGACGUAGACGCUGUCCGCGCCAGAUUGCUGCGGGAGUGCCUGGUGAAGAAGGUCCGGCUCUUCAAGGAGAUGAUCCAAGAUAUUACGUGGGAGCAUGCCCUGGGCUUUCUGAGUCCGGACGAAGGCCCUGCUCCUGCUCCUCCCGCCCCCAGUACGUCGAUGGUACUGAGUCGUUUGGCCCUCGACCAGCUGACCGCCGACGAUAACGACGCUAUCUCCCUGUGCGGCGAAGACAUCCUCGCAGAGGACGACCAGGCCUGGUACAACAAUUCGAUUGAGUACUUGGCCAUUGAGCAACAUACCGACACUUUGGGCGAGUUGUACGACGACUGGUUCGUUGUGCAGCUCGGUGAGCCAGCGGCCUAUUUCCGGUCGACGCGAGACCACAGUGAUAACAACCAAAACGACAACGCAAACUACAACAAUACCGGAACAGCUGCCAAUGUCUCCUCUCCCUCUCCCUACCCAGAUCCGCCCCGCACCAACUUCAGCGAGGAAUACUUAAUCACGCUCACCGGCCUCAUAGGCGAAGAGCUAGGGCCGAUCGUCGAAGAGACUUUCAUGUCACCUUACUUCUUCUGGUGGCGCCCAUCCACGGCCGUCAUGAGCGCUUAUUGUUCUUUCCAUUGCCCCCCUACUUCCGGGACAUGCAAGCCGUGCUCUUUCGUCGACUACAAGCUGGAGCUGCGUCCGGAGCUGGGGCAGCCGCCUGCUAGGAAUAUCAGGAUGGAGCGAUGGGUGGAGGGAAGAGUGUCUGUUGACGUGUUGGAUGCGAAAGAUGGGGAUGUAUGGGUAAAGACGGGUUGUGCUGAGGGCGGUGUGGAUGCCUACGAGUUUGUCCAGAGUGUUCUAGUGGCUUGGACGCUGCUGGGAAAUCCCGUUAACAGGAUCGAGUUGCCGUUCCAACGCAUCUACGCUAUUAACCUACCGUCCCGAACCGACAGGCGCGACAUUUUAACCUUAGCUGCUGCCUUUACUGGCAUUGACAUCACCUGGGUCGACGGUGUCAAAGGCGAGGAUGUCUCAGAGAAAGCUCUCCCUGGCAAAGAGGGGGCAAAGGUUCUGCCCAUCGGAAACAUCGGUUCCUGGAGGGCGCACAUGAACGUUUUGCAACGCAUCGUCCAAGAAAACGUCACCACAGCCCUCAUCUUCGAAGACGACGUCGACUGGGACAUACGUCUCAAAUCCCAAUUACAGCUCUUCGCCCUCGCCGCAACGGCCUUCACAACCCCGUCAUCCCCCGGCCCACACACCAUGGCAUCCUUUCAUCGCCUCACCCAUGAUAACCUCUCUGUCCCCAUCACUCAACUUCCCCCUGCGCCGAACCCCCACGCCAAUCCCUACGGGCCCCCCUCAGACUGGGACGUUCUCUGGCUAGGUCACUGCGGUACCUCCCUCCCUAAGGGCCCAUCCCCAAACCCGAAAGUCCCUCCCCAUCUACGCAUCACCAUCCCCCACGACGAAACCGUUCCCCCGCCGAAACAUAUGCGCCCCCAUCCCUUUGCGAGACAGGACCCAUGGACAGGAGAAUACCCGCCUCAUACCAGGUUGGUGCAUGCUGCGCACAACAUGACGUGUACCCAGGCGUAUGCGGUCAGUCAGCGUGGGGCGAGGAGGUUGUUGUGGAGGUUUGGUGUGGUGGAGGGGUUGGGUAGGGGGCUCGGGUGGGAUUUGGUUUUGGGGGAGUGGUGCGAUGGAGUUGAGCCUGACGAUCACAAGCUGGAUUCAGGGAACGAGGGGGAGAAAAAGAAUAAAGAGGAGAGGGAAGAGCAGGUCUAUGAGCUAAAAGGGAGGGAGAGAGUAUGCGUGACGGCUUCACCGCCACUGUUUGGGCAUGUGUAUGGCGGGGAGUCGGACAUUAUGGCUGCAGGUGGAGGGUUGUUGAGGGGAAAGAAAGAGGUGGUGCCGUACGUGAGAUGGAGUGUGAGGCUGAAUUUGGGCAGGCUGGUUGAGGGAGGAGAGGUGAAGGACCAGUGGGGGGAGGAGGAGGAGGGAAGUAAGGAUGACAAAAGGGGAAGGGAAGAAAGAGAGUAG